AUGCCAAACUUCUCGUUCGCAGCCUCGGCAGCAGCAGUUGCGAAGGAAAUUAAGGAGUCGGAGCUGCCAGACUACUUGAGCCUUCCGCAGCCGGUGCGAUAUGAGGACAUCCAGCGGGAAGGCAUUAUUUCGCUCAAGCCCGACACGUUUGAGGGGUUGCGCUUUGAGAUCAAUAAGCCCCUCAACCAACAGUUUUUUCUAUCGCACAGCUUGUUCAUGGGCAAUACAGAGCUCCAGACCGGCGGCCGUCAGAUCCUUAAGACGCCUGUUGGCACCUACGAGUUUGGCGCCACGGUAGUCAAUGAGGCUCAAACCUUCCUCAUGCUGGGCCGCAUCGGCACCGACGGACGUCUGUCGGGUCGCAUUAAGUACGACGUCACCAGCUGGCUCGGACUCAAAGUGCACUGUCAGCUAGCCAACGCCGCGAACCAGUCGCAGGUCAUGGUCGACACAGACUUGAAGGGCGGUGACUGGAACGCACAGCUGAAACUUGGCCCGGGGUUCAUUGGCACAAACUAUUUCCAGUCCCUCACGCCGAAGCUCUCCGCGGGCGGCGAGUUUUUCUGGCUGCCCUCCACACCUAAAUCCGGAGUGGGCCUGGCGCUGCGGCACCAGGGCGACAAGCACGUGGCCACAUGCCAGGUUGCCACCACAGGCAUCAUGAACAUGCAAUACACGCACAAGGUUUCGGAGAAGGUAACUCUUGCCACGGACUUCUUGUGGCACAUCGCCAGCCGCGACGUGACCGCCACCGUGGGGUAUGAUGUCAGCCUGCGGCAGUGCCGUCUUCGGGGCAAGGUCGACACCAACGGCGUCGUGACGACGCUUUUGGAGGAGCGCUUUAGCCCGGGUAUCAAUUUCGUGUUGUCGGCGGAGAUGGAUCACUGGCACAGCAAUUACAAGUUCGGGUUCGGCAUUGUGGCUGGGGAGUAA